AUGCCCGAAGACCGAGUUGUUUUCUUCAUCGUCUCGUUCAAGUACUGGUGUUUUCCAUGCAAUGCAUCGGUCAGAACUCUUUAUUCAACACUAGACAUGCGCCUCUAACAGCUGUAAGCAUCACUACACGAUUUUGUUCCACGACUUUCAUCAUCAAUAGAGGCACACUCUUCAACAAGAAAUUUACCGGUGUUUUAUUUUUCGCGGAGUAAUCAUCGAACAGGUGUUGUGACACUCUUGACUGAACAAGACUACCUUCCAUACACAGGAAUCCCCAGAAAUUAUAAGUCGGUCAAAGUAUUGGAGAUGGUGGUCAGCACAGAUUCUGCUCUGUUACUAUCAGUGCUAACUUCACUUUCUAGUUUUUUUCUUGAUGUGGCGUGUUCAACAGUUGAUAAGUCUAAAUCAGAGACGUAUAUUAUCAAGGACUGCAACAGCAUCCAGUAUCGUUUGAUGGUAGACCUUGGCGAACCUCCAUUUCCUGAUACAGCUUGCGAAAUAAAACAGAAAAUGAUAACAUGUUUUGAAAAAAGCGAAGGUUCAGGAAACCUGUUGGACCAAGAUCGAUUUCUUCUCCUCAAGUCUGCAACAGUGGAUAAAGUACUGAUGUGUCCUGACCUCACAUUCCAAAAGUUACAGGAUUCUAUUCAAAACUCCGCCGUUGCACAGACGCUGUUCAAGGAGUAUCCUGCAGGAAUACAACAGCUUCCUGAAAAAUGUGCUUUCGAUAUUCACAAGAGCUGCGAGAAAAAAAUAUUUGAUCAAGUGGUAGUGAACCAUCUUUCAUGGCCUAAGACAACAAAAUGGAGGGCAUGUUACCUCAAGGCUUUGCUACAGCAGCCGUGUUCAGCACCAAUUCUGCAAAACUACGCCGCUUUGCAAGAAAAGUUUGGAGAAAGUUUUAGACAAAAAGAGUUUGAUUUAGGACUCUAUGGACUUUUUAUGAAUGAUCAUCAGUUGCAAAGCAACGGAACCGUAGAAAUAUUAUAAUUUCAUUUUUCUUACAUGAACUGUACAACACAAGGCAAACAAAGUUUAAAGAGCAUUAGGAACUUAUUAAAAAGGUGGUAGAGGUGCAUCUUACAGUUUCAUUAAUAACAUUUCAAACUUGCUAGCUUAAGGGUGUACUCUUGAUAUGACACCAAAUUCUCGUGCCUGACUCACCAGGGUAUGUAUACCAGCUAUAAGAGAAAAUUACUGAUCUGAUCUGCGAGGAAAAGCGAUUGAGAAAGCGAGAACUGAACAUUUCUACGUGUUCCGUCACAAAAUGUCCCGCACUUUCAUGAACAAAUGAAAAUGUUUUCAUGGUUUUUAUUUUACGUUUCUGGACAACAGGCAUUUAAAAGUUGUUUGACGAUAUUACACAGAUACGGGACAAAAGGAGGAACUCCUUAAUGAGAGUUGUCUGCAGAGAAAUAACAAAUUCAAACAACCCUAAUUUUCUUUCAAACACAGGAAUUAACCGAGCUAAAUCACGGGGUUCACAAAGAUUGUUCACAUCAAACACUCCUAAAUAACAAUAAUAAUGAGUAAAAACGAAACUUUUUCAAUUCCAUUUGAAAUAAAAAUAUGUCUACUUUGUUAUGAUUGAUCCUCUAGUUUCCACAAUUGGAGUAUUUUUGUUUUUUUCGUUUAGAACCUCUUUACAUCAUGAACGUCGAGGUUCAAUACAAUGGCAAAAUUAAUGCUUCGCCAGUAUCAAUUCCUAAUUCGCUGGAUUUCUUGUCACGUGGUCGAGCCUCCUCUCCUCAGGUAUCUGAACACCACUAUUCCAGCGGUUGCUACAAGCGCGGCUGUUAAGCCUGCCAGAAUCCAAUAUGACGUCACACUAUCUGCAUUUGGGCCGCAG